AUGGGGACUGCAAUUUCCUGCCAGUGUCUCGACGCCAGCAAAAGCGAAAACGGCCUCGAGAUAGUGGCGACGCAGCAGACGGAAGGAAAUGAGGGAGACAACACUGCGAAGACGACGGUUUUGAGCGGCGGGGCCACUUACACGGGAGACUUCAAAAAUGGACUUAAACACGGAUUUGGUGUUUUAGUGAGGCCCUGCGGCUCGAAGUAUGUGGGCUAUUUCAAAGACGGGGUUGCAGAGGGCCAGGGCAAGUUCAUCCACCCUUCAGGCGACACAUAUGAGGGGCAGUGGAAAAACAGCAAAGCCCAUGGGAAGGGAAGAUUCACUCACGCCGACGGUUCUUACUAUGAUGGUCAAACCCUAAACCCUAAACCCUAA